UUCUUCCAUGAUGGGAGCAUUCAAGAUUGCACGUGUGAAUGUGCUGUAAGAGAAAAUGGUGCCUGCCAUCACAUUCUGGGGCUACUUAAGGUGGUUUUGCUGCUCAAGGAGAAUGGCUAUAACGAAGCGCCACCUGAGCUUUCUUGCACUGAAUUGCCACAGCAGUGGAGACGUCCACGAGGAGAAAAAAUAACGGCGUGUGGUGUAGAUGAACUUGACUGGAGGGCUCCGAGACCUGGUGGACUUGAGCGUCCCACUCCUUCAAGGCUCUAUGAAGCACGCAAGAGACCAAGACUUGCACAUGAAGUACAGCUGGCUGCUCUCAAAUAUGGAGAGGCAUUAGAAACUCAUGCACCGUCUCCAUUUGCAAGACACCUCAGGAACAUGAAGGCAGUGCCCGCAACGUCUACUUUUGGGGAAACUUGUGUGGGAAGUUUGCUGUGGUGCCAAAAGACUGUACUGCCUCACCACUUCACAACGUAUAUAAGCCCGGACAUUCAGUUGGGUGUGACAGCACAUCCUCAUCACCCAACACCACCUGAACCCGACUUAUUUACGUCAACAACAGUGUUUGCUUCAUCAUCUGUGAGCCUGCCAAAUAAAGAAAGAGCCAUAUUUGAGACAUUGAUCCAAUCAAUUCAAGAUGCUCGUCUCCUGGAAAAGAGUAGCCGGCAGCAGAGCAAAAGUACUGAGUGGAAGAAGGCCCGAAAGUAUCGCCUGACUGCCUCCAACUUUGGGACUGUUGUUGCCCGUGAGAAAUGGACACCGAAAGGACUGCAGAACUUGACAAGUGACAAGGACCUGUCACGGGUGAGGGCUGUACAGUAUGGCAUCUCCAAUGAGCGACAGGCAGUACGGCGAUACGAGGCGGCACUUCGCACUGCUUUGCACGACGUCCAGACCUUUCACUGUGGACUGGUUGUAAGUCCAACAAGCCCAUGGCUCGGCGCUUCACCAGACCGGAUUGUGUGGGACCCACAAGAGAACUCCCAUGGCAUCAUUGAAGUGAAGUGUCCAUAUUCGAUGAAGGACAUGGAUGAGCCAACCACUCAAGGAUCGUGCCUGUACAAGGAUACUGACAAUGUUUUCAGGCUUGAUCGUCGGCACCAGUAUUAUUAUCAGCUUCUUGGGCAAAUGGCUAUCUGUGGGCUUUCCUGGGCAGAUUUUGUAGUGUACUCUCCCCAGUUUCUUGUGGUUGAGAGAAUCAAGUAUGAUGAUGCAGCUUGGCAGCAAUGCAAAGUGAAACUGAACAAGUUUUAUUUCAGCACAUUAUUGCCAUAUUUUGCAAGCAGAGAUCAUCCAUUGCAACCAAGCAACUCGUAAUUUUCUGCGGCAUAGUAAGGAAAGAAGCAUUGCUUUUGUAGGGCUUUGUAGGUCAGAAGUGCUUUGACAAUGUACCAAGACAAGUUAGACAGUGCAAUUUACAAUACAGUUGACCAUCCUUCAAAGAGACAUGUACCAGGGAGCAGUUUUUGCUCCUUAUAUGAGGGUCCUUCUAUAAGCAGGGUACCAUAUUUUCAUUUGCUGAUCGACCGUUAUAUCGAGUUACGCACCCUAUGAGUAAAAUAAGAAUGAGAGAAAGCUACAGCCUGUUCCAAAAAUUCAAUAUGUACCAUUUGCUUUAAUGCUAUGCAGUUUGUUUGGUGGACUGCUACACAGAGACACUAAUCCUUUUUCUCCCCCGUGACAUUUCUUUUUUUCAUUACUUAUUUAUUGUGACAUUUUCUUGGAGGUAGGCACGAUGGCUUGUUUAUGUCAGCAAAUGUGCCGCUUACUGCUUUGCUUGCAUUUGCAGGGUAGAUUUGUUGUUGAGGGAAUGCUGUGUGAGGUGUAACGUCAGCCGCGCACUGUGGUGCUUGUUCAUUGAGAGCAGCGCAAGUGGGACUCCUUAUAGUUCCGAUAUAUCUUGUUUGUUUUCUCCUGGAAUAUCUUUGCAUACACUUAAAAGCAUUUUAUAUAAUUGAAGCGCUUUGUUAUAAUGACCUAAGUCCUAAUAUGUAUUCUAAGUAUAAAGCAGCUCUUGCAAUUUCAUGGACUUCUGCUAAGCACCCCGUUGGUACCCGCUCAAUUAUUUUAUCUAACGGCUCUUUUGGCAUAGCUGCAAUCAUUUCAGUAUUUACAUACCCAGGUGCUUUUACAUUUGCAACCGUAAAAGUGUCGUUCAAAUACAUAGUAAGCGGGUCAGUGAUCUGCUCAUCAAUAGCAAAAGCUUCUGAAGGAGCUGUUGGAAUUAAUAUUGCAUUAAUUUUUUCAAAUGUGUCUAUAACAUCCUUUUGUAGUAGCCUUCCAACUUUUUGUGCCUUCAAAUAAUGUAAAUCAUAUUGCACAGAAGAUAAAAGUGCCUAUCGUUAUCAGUCUUCUCACUUUUUUACCGAACCCUUGCCCCCUAGUUUUUGAUAUCAUAACAUUAAUGUAAUCACCUUCUUCUUCAACCCAUGCACUCCUGUCAUUCUUUUUCCUCGCACCACCUGCACACAGUCACCCUCCUUGCCUUGAUAUUCUUGAAGUGUUUCUCUACACUGGAUUUGCCUUGCAAGGUCUCCAUGUUUUAUAACUUACUGACCCACUUCGCUUUUUGCAGAAGUUAUAAUAAACAGUGAGUGCAUGUGUGUCAUUUUCCAUUGCUUUCCACAGUGGGUAAAACCGUGCUUAGCAGCUAAUGGUGCAUUUGUGUCAUUUUUUCCAUUGCUUUCCAUGGUGGGUAAAACCGUGCUUAGCAGCUAAUGGUGCUGCCUUUCAUGUUAAAAACAUAUCUGUUACUUGCAAGUUUGCUGUCCAGAAUUCAACAAUAACUUGUCGCUUUACAGGCGAUUGUCUUUUAUCUCCAGUGUCUGUCACAAAAGAGUUCAAAUGAAUGGGGUAGGCAGGGUGGCUGAUCGUGUGGAUUAAUGGUGCCUUAUUUCCAACUUCAUGUUACGUCCAUGUCUAAUAUAUAGGUAUUCAAGUCUCAUAAUAAUAACUUGUGGGUCUUUAUGUACAGGAUGUAUUUAUAACUAUAUGAUAAUGAAGCAGGGUGUAGUGGGGGACUCUGGAUCAUAUUUGACUACUUCGGG